CGCAGUUCAUUGCACUGCGUGAUAACGUGCAUAUUCAGUGUCAUACCACCCAAGAUCGCUUCUCGCAGUCGCCGGAAUGCUAUGGAAGUCUGAUCACCCGGAUUUGGACAUUCCAAGCAAUGUCACCACGUGGGAGUGGUUGUUUGAGUCACGAGAGCAUUCGCCGUUACAUCACCUCACGAACAAUCAGCCGCUCGGACGCUACGAAAAUGCCGUCACCAAAGGGCAGCUGGACUAUGCCGAAGUGAAGGAUGUCGUGACCAAGCUCAGCACUGCCCUCGUUCGGAAAUAUGGCUUCGAGACGGGAGAUACCAUCUCGAUUUUGGCCACUAACACCGUGUGGUAUCCUGUGGCUCUGUGGGCAGCGAUUCGAGCUGGUGGACGCGUCAAUGGAGCAUCGCCAGGCUAUAACGUUGGAGAAAUGACUUAUGCGUUGAAAACGGCAAAGACCAAGUUCUUGUUUACUCUUCCCGGCUCACUGGAUGUUGCCGUGCUUGCUGCAAAGCAGGCAGGCAUGUCUUCCGAUCAUGUAUUCCUGCUAGAAGGAGAGAGGCAAGGAUUCACCAGUGUUCAACAGUUGAUUGAGCUAGGCGCAAGCUACUCUCCCACUCGGCAUUACAGUAUACCUGCCGGCAAGACGAACAAAGAGAUAUGUGGCUACCUCAACUUCUCCUCGGGAACCACAGGCCUCCCGAAAGCCGUCAUGCUAUCACACCACAACAUCAUCGCUCAAUGUCAUCAACUCCGUCAGCUUCAAGUACUCGACGCGGGCGAACAGCCCAAAAUGCUCGGAGUCACUCCUCUCUUCCACAUCACUGGCCUCAUCCGCUACAUCCACUACCCGGUCUUCAUGAACGGCAUCUCCCUCCUGCUCCCCACAUUCUCCAUGGAAUCCAUGCUCCACACCAUCAUCACCUACCGCAUCCGCGAACUCAUCCUCGUCCCACCCAUCCUCAUCCGUCUCGUACGAGACCCCAUCGUCUCUCACCAUCUCCCGGCCCUCCAACAGACGGUACGCAGAUGGAGUUCUGGUUCCGCUCCCACGCCCGCCGAAAUCAUUCAACUCUUACACGAGAAAUUUCCCCAGACGGGCUUUCGUCAGGGCUAUGGAGCGACGGAGUCUACGGCGUGUAUUUCCUGCCAUCCGCCCGAGUGUUAUGAUUACAAGUACGCGAACACAGCAGGCAAACUCUGCGCAAACACAACAGCAAAAAUCAUCGAUCUCGACGAUCGGUCGAGCAAGAAGAAAGAACUGGGGCCGGGCGAAACGGGUGAGAUUUGUGCUCGAGGACCACAGAUUGCAAUGGGAUAUUUGGAUAAUGCUGCCGCGACAGCAGAGACAUUUGAUUCGGACGGGUUCUUCCACACGGGCGAUGUGGGAUAUAUUGACCACGAAGGAUUCCUCCACAUCCAAGACCGCAUCAAGGAAAUGAUCAAAGUGCGCGGUCAACAAGUGGCGCCUGCCGAGCUCGAGGAUGCGUUAUUGGGACAUGCGGCGGUGGAGGAUUGUGCAGUGUUGGGGAUUGCAGAUGAUUAUUCGGGGGAGAAGCCGAAAGCGUAUGUGUUGGUGCGGGCGGGGGUGGAAGCGAGUGAAGGAUUGGGGAGGGAGUUGUUGGAGUUUGUGCGGGAGAGGAAGAGUCGGUAUAAGUGGUUGAAAGAGGUAGAGUUUACGAGGGUGAUUCCCAAGUCACCGACGGGGAAGCUUUUGCGGCGCGUGUUGAAGGCGGGAGAUGGGGAUGCGAAGAGAGUGAGAGGGAUUGUGGUGAGGGAUGAGGGCUCGACGUUGUCCAGGACGUCGAAGCUGUAA